CAUGGCGAAGUGCGUUGGGGUCAUGGGCCAUUGGUUGCGAAAGCAAUAUAUCCGCAAAAGCAAUUGUAUUCGUAUUUUCUGUAGAAAUUUAUUGUGUGCCGACUGCCAGCACAGCGUGCAAUUAUGACGAAUUAAGGUCAUUGAAAUCAUUUUGCAAUACCGUGAUCGAUGUUACUGGCAAUUACCACUUUGAGUUAGUUUUAUCUCAGGAAUUUGUGCUUUAGUUUACUUCAGUAUUCUUGGACUGUUUUGGCCGCGCCGGCGUUGUCAAAAAACAAUGGGAGACAGUGAAUCGGGCAGUUUCUCAACAGCAAAUAUUGAAGAGCAAUUCUGGGAAUAUGCGGAGGUCGCCAAGCUGCACCUGAACGAUGCCCGCGUGAAGAUCAACGACGUUUGCUCCAAUGUAGAACCAUGGCAACUGAUUGCAGUCUCAAUUGGUGUCACGAUUGUUUUAGCGUGGCUGUACAAUUGGAUGAGACACCCUCUACUCACGAUACCUGAGCGAGUCAAGAUGUCAUUCUUCAAGACUUUCCGCAGCCUGCCGUUCAUCAAACAAAAAAUCCAGAAAGAGAUAGUCAAAUCCAAGGAGGCCGUAUUUCACAGCUUGAAUUGCAUGAAAGCCGGAGAGAUGUACUUGAGAUCCCUCCCCAAGAAAGGGAUGGCGGAGAGCAGUGUGCUCAGGAGGAUCAAGAACAGCUACCAUGCUAUGGAUGAGAUUGACUGGAGGAAAGGCAAAGUUUCUGGCUGUGUCUACGGGGGAACCGAGGAACUGUCGUCUCUUUGCGCAAAGGUAUAUAAAGAUUUUGCCUGGAGCAACCCACUUCACCCCGACGUGUUCCCCAGCGUGCGACGCAUGGAGGGAGAAGUUGUCGCCAUGUGCUUAUCCAUGUUCAAUGGAGGGCCAGAUUCAUGUGGAGCUAUGACUUCAGGAGGAACAGAAAGUAUCUUGAUGGCAUGUCUGGCAUGCAGGGAACGAGCCAGGGAAAGAGGAAUAGAAUUUCCAGAAAUCCUAGCCCCAGUUAGUGUGCACGCAGCCUUUGACAAGGCUGCUCACUACUUCCGCAUGAGGCUGGUCCACAUCCCACUGGAUAAGAAAACCCAAACAGUUAAUGUCAAGGCGAUGAAGCGAGCGAUCAGCAGCAGAACCUGUAUGCUCGUAGGAUCAGCGCCUUCAUUUCCUUUCGGAGUCUUUGACGAUAUUGAGGCAAUAGCCAAGCUUGGAGAGAAGUAUGACAUCCCAGUCCACACUGACGCCUGUCUGGGCGGAUUCCUGAUCCCAUUCAUGGAUAAAGCUGGCUUCCCUGUACCUCUGUUUGAUUUCCGAUUGAAAGGAGUCACCAGCAUAUCUGCAGACACCCACAAGUAUGGAUUUGCCCCGAAAGGCUCCUCGGUGAUUCUCUACAGUAACAUGGAGUUGCGUCGUCGUCAGUUCUUUGUUGCUCCUGACUGGCAGGGUGGCAUCUAUGCAUCACCAUCCAUAGCAGGCAGUCGUCCUGGCGCUAUCAUUGCAGCCUGUUGGGCCACCAUGGUCCAUAUGGGAGAGGCUGGCUACAUCGACAGUACACGGAAGAUCAUCCAGACAACUAGGAAUAUGCUGACAGAACUGAAGAAAAUCAAAGGUAUCUUUGUAAUUGGUGAUCCCAAAGUCAGCGUGAUCGCACUGGGAUCCAACGACUUUGACAUCUAUCGUCUGUUUGGUGGACUGACCAAAAAGGGCUGGAGCCUGAAUAACUUACAGUUCCCUCCGAGUUUCCACAUGUGCGUGACCCUGCGACACACCUUCCAUGGCGUGGCUGAGGAGUUUGUCAAGGACGUCAAGAAUCUCACUGCCGAGUUGUUGAACGACCCAACAGCGAAAUGCCAGGGCUCGGCGUCGAUCUAUGGGAGCUCCCAGAGUAUUCCAGAUCGUAGCAUCGUGGCUGAUGUGGCAAAGUCAUUCUGGGAUGCCUGCUACAGCACAGAGGACCUGAAGACCGUCACUAAUGGCGUCCACGCCUGAGAAGUCUCAUGGGAUGUUAUACAGACUGGGCCGUGUCUGAAUCAAGUCUUGGCUUAUGGCCGGAAAUAACACACCCACCUAUGGAAGCCACUGGCUAGUGGCUGCUGCCACAUCCCAUAGACUCCUGUGUAAUUGCUGGCCAUAGCCAGGUGAUACGGACACGGUCUACGGCUACGUCCAAAUUACGUGGCUACGGCUACUAGUUAUACAUUUGCCUAUGGAAGCGGCUAAAUCCACUUCCCAUAGACACGCAUGUAUUACUGCAAGCCAUAGCCAUUAAGGUGAUCCAUGGUGUGUACCAAAUUUUCAGGCAUUAUCUAAUUGUUAAAAAGCAAUAGUCUUACUGCGAUCCAAAAUGUGAGUCUCCUGUAGAAAUAUGUUCACGGCUAAUAUAAACCAAAAAGUAUUGAAAUUAAUAGAGAAGCUGUCCAUUUCCACAAUUAAAUAUAAUUGUCAAUGAUUUUUAAAAUGGUGCGUGGCAAGCUACCCGUCGACCCUAGAAAAUGCAAAGUGGAUAGCGACAUGUUUGUGAGGUCACAUGACCAGGCAAACUUAUGACCUAUCUGCUUCCCUGGACGCCAGUUUGUAUUCCUCGGAAUGCACCGAGACGAUAACCAAUAUAGUAUUUUAUUGCAUUAGGUUCAUGUGGAUCAUGUGUAGUACAUUCUAAUUGUUUCUGAAUACAAUUUGUUUUUAAAA